UUGGCCGGCAUUUACGCCUCCUCAGACGCUUGGCUACUAAAUGGUCGCGAAAACUCAUUGCCAUAUCUGUUGUGGCGUCAAGGUUACGACAUUUGGUUGGGCAACAAUCGCGGCAAUAUCUAUACGCGACGCAAUGUUUGGUACAACACGACUGAGCGCGAAUUCUGGAACUUCAGCUGGCAUGAGAUGAGCAUUUACGAUAUGCCCGCCAUGGUGGACUACAUUUUGCAGUGUACAGGCGAAGCAAAGAUGCAUUUUGUGGGCAUCUCACAAGGUGGCACUGUCUUUUUGGUGCUCAACUCAAUUUUGCCGCAAUACAAUGCUGUCUUCAAGACGGCACAUCUGUUGGCGCCGGUGGCGUACGUCAGUAAUACAAAAGGUGGGCUGGCGAAGAUUUUCGGUCCCAUAUUGGGUACACGCAACUAUGUGGCCAAAGUGUUGGAGGGCAUGGAGAUGGUAUCCACAAACAAGUUUGUGAAGAAGUUCCUGUCGUCACUUUGUUUCGAGAACGAGCGGCCCAUGGUGUGUGUGAGCCGCCUUUGGCCGGCUGUGGGCUAUGAUACGCUACAUCUGAACAAGACUUUGCUACCCGACAUAAUGGCCAACUUUCCCGUAGGUGGCUCUUUUAAGCAAAUUAUGCACUACUUCCAGGGCUACGUCUCGUCGAAAUUCCGCCAAUAUGACUAUGGCCCGGAGAAGAAUUGGUUAAUGUACAAUCAAUUAGAACCGCCAGACUAUCAGCUGGAGCUCAUCACAGCGCCUGUUACCAUUUUCUACGCUGAUAAUGAUUACAUCGUUUCGGUGGAGGAUAUUUGGCGACUACUGAUGCGCAUGCGCAACCUUCAGGCUGUUUACAAAAUACCACGCAAACGUUGGAAUCACUUCGACUUCAUUUGUGGGCUGCGCGUGCGUGAGUUUAUAUUUGAUAAAAUUAUCAGGGCAGCAAACUAUUACGAAUACUCGUACAGUUGACGUUAGUUCAAGGAUAUAACUAUUUAAUUCAAAUUAAUUAGGCUUAAGAUUUAAAAUUGUGAUGUAGAUAUACAUACAAUCGAAAACGAGUGUUAUAUUUAGUCGAAAAACUUUUAGGGUUAAGAUUAAAAAGGAAGAAAAGAAUUUGAUUGCACAUUACUAAUGUUUGUUAGG